AUGCGAUCGCGCAAGGUGCUGCUCAUAGUUGGCUUCCUGGUUACGUGGACCUAUGCCACCUACUAUCUCCUGUUGCGCCACACGGGCGUCCACACCAGUCGCAAUCUGGCGCACCAAUCCUACAGGCUCAACUCGCAGGCACGCGAAGCGAGUCAGCAGAGCCAUCAUCUAGCCAAGAAUGUCUUCGAGUUUGUCAAAAUCAAGUACCUGGAGAACCAGCAGGAAGCCUCCACUCCCCAGAUUAGCAUCGUGGCUGCCGAGAUAUCAGCAGUGCUGCCGGCGGAGCAGCUGGCGGUGGCCAAGACGGCCACGGCGCGCAUUCCAACGAAAACAUAUCUGGCCAACGGCGAGCCCGUCUUCCCCGUGCUGGUCUUCGCCUGCAAUCGGGUGUCGGUGAAGAAGUGCAUCGACAAUCUGGUCCAGUACAGGCCCAGCGUGGAGCAGUUCCCCAUUAUUGUGUCGCAGGACUGCGGCGACGAGCCCACCAAGGAGGUGAUCCUCUCGUACGGCCAGCAGGUCACCCUCAUCGAGCAGCCCGAUCUGAGCGACAUCACCGUGCUGCCCAAGGAGAAGAAGUUCAAGGGCUACUACAAGAUAGCCCGCCAUUAUGGCUGGGCUCUGAACACCACCUUCGGCGUGGGCUUCGAGUUCGUCAUCAUUGUCGAGGACGAUCUGAAUGUGGCGCCCGACUUCUUUGAGUACUUCCUGGGCACGCACAAGCUGCUCAAGCAGGAUUCCAGCCUGUGGUGCGUUUCGGCGUGGAAUGACAACGGCAAGGCCGCCGUCGUGGAUGCGGCGCAGCCGGAGCUGCUCUACCGCACCGACUUCUUCCCCGGUCUCGGCUGGAUGCUCACCAAAGAUCUGUGGGGCGAGCUGUCGGUCAAAUGGCCCAAAUCCUUCUGGGAUGAUUGGAUACGUCACCCGGCCCAGCGCAAAGAUCGCGUGUGCAUUAGGCCCGAAAUAUCGCGGACUCGCACGUUUGGAAAAAUAGGCGUAUCCAACGGUCUGUUCUUUGAUAAGUAUCUGAAGCACAUUAAACUCAGUGAGGACUUUGUGCAGUUCACAAAAAUCAAUAUGAGCUACCUGCUGAAGGACAAUUACGAUAACACCUUUCUGCGGCGCGUUUACACGUAUCCCAUUGUUACGUACGAUGAACUGCGUCGAAACCUCAUCAGAAUUGAAGGCCCAGUUCGCAUCCAAUACACUACUAGGGAGCAAUACAAGCGGACAACCAAGAUGUUGGGGCUGAUGGAUGACUUCAAGAGCGGUGUUCCUCGGACUGCUUACCAUGGCAUCGUCUCCUUCUACUACAAUAAAAGGCGCGUGCACUUGGCACCGAAUGCCAACUGGAAGGGCUACGAGCUCUCUUGGAGCUAACGACGCUAAGGCCCGAACAUCGCCAACUCCACCUCCACUAACACACAGCUAGCUCGUGUGCUUGUAAUACCAAAAAAUAGCCCUAUGAAUUUUUAUUUUUAUUUGACCAAUUAGCUAAGUUGUAACUAUGGAAUCUCCUCGAACAGCAGUUGCUGUUUAAUGCCAUCGCGAAGGCAGGGGAGUUGGGAGGAA